AUACAAAUGCUGAAGUCCUGGCAGAAGAUAGGCAAAGGAAAUGUCUCUUUCAAAACUGGAUGGUGAGAAAUUGACCAUUGAAGAUGUUCAAGCUUCAAGUUCUUCCUGUCGACGAGAAAUAAGUACCACAACGAAUGAUAAUGACAUUUUGAUCAGCCAAACUAGGGGAAAAUGGAAUCAAGAACAAUUUGCUUUGACAUUUCCCAAAAUACCUAAACCAGAUAUAAAAAAGAGAUCAGGACUUUCAGAAUUAGAAGUUGCAGUUCCUAGACAAGACAAGAAGAAAACUGAGGAAGGUCAGAAACAAACUCAUGUAUGGAUAAGCCAGUUUUUAAGAGAAGUUUUCAUAAAGUCAUCAUUUCCUCUAGUUUUUAUUACACAGGCUCCAUUCAAGUAUCUUUAUAAUCCUCAAAACCAUUAUAUAAUGGCAGAAACUAGAAAGCCAAAAGAUGAUAAAAGCAGAAAAACUUUGAAGAAAAAUUUUAGGGAAAAGCUAAGCUCAUGUAUAGUAAAUCUGGAGUCCAUGAGAACAAGAACCAAUGGGAAACCUGAAAUACUAGGCAAUUCAGAAAAAAAUCCAUCAAAAUCAUCACAUAAAAGCAAAUUGCCUAAGAAAUCAAUUUCUUUGUCAGAAACAAAUCUACAAUCUAAGAAUUCUAAGAAACUCUUAGAAAUGAGUUUGAGAAAUGACAACAAAAAUUCAAUGAAUAUCAUUAGGAAGGAGAUCAAUAAUACAGCUACAUGUUGCAAGGACAGUCCCAAUACAGACUCUAAGAAGAGCAUUGAGGAACAUUCUGAUGAAAUAUCAGAGUGUAUACACAGCUCAAAUAUGGAUUUAAUGUUGUGUCUAAAUGACUUCAGAGCUGAAUCCACAGAUUUUGAUGAAUGGUUAACAAAUUGCUCACAAAACAAUGCAAAGAAGCCUUCAAAGAAAGGUGGAAAGAAGGAAAGGGACUCAGAUAUUGAUUCUGGAGAUUCAAAAGAUGCAAAAAAAGAGGGAAAGAAAAAAGAUAAGAAAGAAUCCAAGAAAAAGAAGGAUACAUCUACUGAUGCUGAAUAUUGUGACUCCAAGGAUGCAAAGAAAGGAACAAAAAAAGAUAAAAAAACAGGAAGCAAGAAAAUGAAGGAUACAGACUCCACUGGAGGUGAAUCUGAGGAGUCUAAAGUUUCAAAGAAAGAUAAGAAAGAAAAGAAGAGUACAGGCAAAAAGGGUACAGAAUCUUCCGGUAGUGGAUCUGUAGAUUCAAAGGGUACAAAAAAAGUAAUGAAACAAGUAAAGAAAGAUGUCACGAAGAAUGCAUUCUCUACUGAUUCUGAAUCAGAUGCAGGGCCAAAGAAGGCCAAGAAAAAUGAAAAGAAGGAAAAUAAAGUGAGAAGGACGACGCCAAUUAAGGACACAGAGUCUACAGAUGCUGAUUCUGAAUCUGAAGGUGAUUCAACAGGUAAAAAGGGUGGAAAGAAGGAUAAGAAAAUUACAAAGAAAGGAGAAAAGAAGGAUGCAAAGAACAAUGCAGGGUCUUCUGGAAGUGAGUCUGAUUUUGGAGUAAAGAAGGAAAAUAAAUAUAAAGUAAAGGACACUGUGAGUUACACUGAUUCAGCGUCUGAUUCAUCUUCCAGAACAGGCAGAAGAAAAUUUUUAAGGCUCUCGGAUACUGAAUCUGAAGACUCAUCAGAGUUUAGACUUACAAAAACCACUGAUGAUUCAGAUGUCUCAUCCACAGACUCAAAGAGAGGAAUGAAGAGAGGAUUCCGAACAUUAUCCAAAAAGACUACUUUCAAUGAAAGGGGGAAAAGAAGUUUGACUGGUAGAAUCCCUUCAUCAAGAGAAAGACUACCCUUCCCUCCUUGUGAGCCUUUUAGAGGAUCACCUAAGCCCAGACAUGUUUGUCAUUGCAAGACACCUCCACCACCUCCAAAAGCAAGAUAUGCUCCUUUGCCUGGAGUGGAGUGGAUUCAUAAGCUUCUCUGA